CUAGUUUCAGAACACAAGUUCCGUCGGCAGUGGAAAUACGCGAGCGAUCAAGUACACUGAGCGAGAUAAUUAUCGCUGUAUUAUCUCGUACGCUAAUAAAACACAGUAAAUCUAUGAUAAUAUAUUUUAAAGUUAUUACGGACAUUGAUAUGCUGUAACGUGUGGAUAAGUUUUGUGUGUAAUUAUAGGAUAAAAAUGUGUUCAGUUGAGUGAAAGAUUUUGCUUGUUUUUUUUUCGUUUGUCGGCGCCAGUAUGUCUGAUGAGCUUGAAGCUCGGAUGUGGGACGAUGGGGGCUCCCGAUACGACUCUAGGGAUCGUGUGCCGUACUUCGAGCCGGCCUUCGCCUCCUCUGAGCAUCUGGAUAGAGCCCCUUUGUUGUCUGAGGAAACAUACACAGACGUGCCAGUGACGCCAACCACAGAUGACCACUGCCACUGGAAGCCGCAAUCAGAGCCCCCGAGUGCCAUACCUCAGUUGUUCACAGCGCUGGUGCUAUGUGGGAUUUUUAUGAUAUGCGAGCUGGUGGGAGGGUACCUCGCGGGCAGCCUGUCCGUCAUGAGCGACGCGGCGCACAUGCUGAGCGACUGCGGGGGCUUCGCCCUCGCGCUGCUCGCCUUCCACUGCGCCAAGCGACCCCCUGACGUGUCCAUGUCGUAUGGGUAUAAGCGAGCUGAGGUGCUAGGCGCGAUGCUAUCAGUGCUUCUCAUCUGGAUCCUGACUGGCAUCUUCGUAUACGUGGCGAUCCUGCGGCUGCACUCCGGCGAGUACAACAUAGAACCGGACAUGAUGAUGAUCGUGUCCGGCUGUGGGGUCGGGUUUAACGUCAUAUUGGCACUCGUCUUGCAUGGCUGUGCUUCUGAUAUUGCUCACCACCACUCGCACGGCGGUGCCGCGUGCUCGCACUCGCACUCACACGCGAGUACCUCUCGCGGCUGGCGGCUGUUUCGUCGCGCGAGGGAUCAGAAACCCACUAACGGAGCUCUCGUUAACGGAGACUAUACUAUGAAGGAUUUAGCCAGCGUUGAAGCCAGUGUUGUUGGUUCAGAACCCAGGAAUAUAAACCUGCGGGCUGCUCUCAUCCAUGUGAUCGGGGAUCUCAUACAAAGCUGUGGUGUUUUACUCGCCUCUAUACUCAUCAAAUUCUAUCCUGAAGCGAAGGUUGUGGACCCGAUCUGCACGUUCGUGUUCAGCUUCCUCGUGCUGCUCACGUCGGCACGCGUCGUGCGCGACGCGCUCAACAUGCUCAUGCAAGCUGUGCCGCCGAACUUCAGGUACCGCGAGCUAGUAUCGUCUCUCUCGGGUCUACCCGGGGUGCGGCACGUGCACUCGCUGCACGCGUGGGCGCUGUCGACGCAUCACGUGGUGGUGUCGGCGCACGUGGCGGUGGACGCGGGCGCCGAGCGCGACGCGCUGCUGCGCGACUGUCAGCGCCUCGCGCGCACGCACGGCGCCGCUAAUGCCACCUUCCAGCUUGAAACAUACACGUCACGCAUGCGCAGUUGCACUGUGUGUCGGCUGCAGCCCGCUCACACACCCUGACAUCUCUCCACGCUCGCCUAGGCGGACACAGGUAUUGAGACCACAACGAAAGAUGCUUCCGGAAACCGAUUGGAUUGACGACAUACAGCCUGCCAAUUCAGUGAGUGAUUGAACGAUUGAUAGAUUGAUACAUAAACGAUUGAUAAAUUGAUAAUGACAUUCCAAGUGUACUUUUGUCAAUCAUUGAUGGAAAAAAGUUGGACUAAAAAAGGACCAAGUGAUAAGUGCAAUCAUCAAUUCGAUUGAUAGAUUGAAAGAUUGAUAAGUUUAAUUGUUGAUCUAUUGUUUGUAAUGGUUAGAAGAACUUUUGAAAUUAAUAGUGUUAACUGUUGAUGAUCUCAGGAAAUUAACUUUGAACUUACGAUUCUUUAUUAACGGUGGAUUUCUUUAACCUAUCUAUCUAUAAUUGGAGAUUGAAUUUUACCUUUAGCUUCGUGUAAAUGAUGUCAAAUUUCAAUCUUAAACAAUGGAUAGAUAAGUAACAGAAAUCCCUAGUAAGGUUUGCCGACACCAAUACUUGGUAAAUAUAAUAUUUUCACCUUAAGAUAAGCGUGAAACUUUUAAUUUUAUUGUAAUACGAAAAUUACUUUGAAAUUACAAACAAAAGCAAAUAAGUAAUUAUAGAGAACUGAGAAUUUAAAGGCUUACAUAAUAAACGUUUAUGUUAUGGUGAAAAUACUAUUUUUAUUUUUACCGCAAAAUACUUUUAAAUCAUCAUUCUAUCUUUGUUUAUUUUAAAGGGAUGACAGAGACGAUAAAUUUUCUUUUUUUUAAAUAUUUUGCGGUAAUUGAGUAAGCCGACAAAAACGAAGAAAAAAAUUUCUGAAAAUAUUUUCUUGCAUCGUAAAGGUACUUACGCACUGUUACAGUAUUUCAAUUGAUACCAUUUUCAUUCCAAGCCAAUGAGUGUGUUCUCGGCAUUAUAUAAAAAAGUGGUUAAAAAAUAAUUUUAUAAAUAAAAUAAAAAAGUGACUUGUAGAAAAGCAUGAUAUAAGUAUUGUAUUUUUGAAAUGAAUUGUGCUGCAAAAAUAAAAACAAAAAGUAUUAAAAUUCGUGCCAAUUUAAAAUAUUUAAACAAAAAAUGCAUUCCAAAAGGUUGACCCUAUGUAUUAAAAAAAAAAGAUAUUAUAUUGUAUUAAUUUAUUAUAUAAAAAUGUAUGUUUUAGAUGUUAAGCGAAUUAAAAAUCAAUUAUUAUUUAGUAUUAAUGUGUAUAAAAUUGAUAUUAUUGAAGUUUUUCUAAGGAAUUUAGUGUUAAUUGUUCAAAACGUUUCGAAGUUAGGAUUUCAGGGAGUUGAGUAACAAUGCAUUUAAAGUUCUGUGCAGUUCUCGUCAAAUAUCUUUGCCAGUCCGAAGUUGGCUGCUAGUGACUUCACAAUAGUCUAAAUAUAUCAACAAAACAACUUUAACUCUAAAUGACUAUGCCGGUCUGAAGUCAGUCGCGCAUGCUCAAAAGUGUUGUUCAUACAUUUUGACAGCUGCGCAGUUAUUAGCAACCAACUUCACGGCGGUUUGAUGGUAGCUGUACCCAAUUUAUAUCGAACUCUAUUUGAGCUUACACUUUUUCCGUCUAUCGCGAAAAAAAUCUCUCGGUAGAGGCUGUCCAAAGCAAAAUAGCAAAAAAACAGAUUUAAAAAUAAUUUCUUAGAAGAAAACAAAAAUCGCACAAUUAGACAAUUUAAUUAGGCAUUUCUAUAAAGACUAGGACAACAUGUACUUAAUUUUACUUUAUUAGCAAAUUAACAAAAACAAAAAAUAAUUUUCUUUACUAUAAAAAAAUAUGGGAUUUUGUUAUCGAAAUUAGGACAAGCUUUGUUAUUUUUAUUCCAUUAAAAACUCGCAUAAUUUGUUUAACAUUUCCGCAUUCCGCCUACAGUACUUAACAGUGUAACGUUGAAAGCGCAAAACCUCAGACCAAACCUAUUUUAUUAAAUUAAUAAAAAAAAAAUAUGAGACAUUUUUUUUAAUAUUGUAAAGGUAAUGUAUGAAAAGACAGACUUUUGAGACUAAAAUACAAACAAUCGACAGGACAAAAUUUAUUAAAACAUUUUUGAAAAAUGUAACCUUUAUUAGAAAGUGGUUAAAAUGAUUCUGCUAAAAAAAACAGUUUUUGCGCAUUUAACGUUACACACGAUAUUAUGCAGUCCUAAAAUAAGUUUUUUUUUUUAAUUUAUGUUUGAAUUUGUCGUGCUCAAAUAGUGAACCAUUGUGAUAGUACACUUUUUUCAAUGCAUUCCCUCGUUGUAAAUAUUUUUAGUUUAUAUUGUACUGUAUAGAUGAACAGGGUACGUGGUUUGGUAACAAACUGGAUUCGGAGAUUUUUUGUUAUUGUUACGUCUUAUUAAUAUUGUUUAUGUUAGAACCCUGGUUUUGUUUGAAUCUUUCUCCAAAUGAUUAAAGUGGACUUGCUCUUUAUUCAUUCAUUUCUUCAUAUCGUUUACUGACUUAAAUUAAGUCGCGAAACAUUUUUUUAAAAUACCAUUACAUAAAAUAUGGAAAUCAAAAUUGAAAUUAACUUUUUAAGGUACUUCAUAUAUUCAUUAUAUACUUUAUUUUAAGCCUUAAUAAAAUAAAUAAAUCAUUUAUGUGUACUUACAAAUGCAGAGUAGUACCUAAAGAUCAUUUUAUAGCAAUCAGUGUUACCUUCUAUUUACCAACAUAGCAAAUUUUAUUCUACAUUAUUCUAGAAAAGCUCUUAAUAUUAAAAUAAGUGUAUCUAGUCGCCUUGUUUUAUAAUUUCGUUAAUAAUAAAGUCAAGUUUGUUACCAAAAUGCGCCUAAAGUAUUUAGCUAUACGGAAACCGAUUAGUUGUAAGCAAAUAGUCGAUUAGUAAGUUUUAAUAUGUUAACCAAAUGUAAAGGGAACUUGUAACUGUUGUAAUUAAUAUAUUCCUUUAUUUAUUUCGCUCUAUUUUAAAUGUAAUUAUACUUAGAUUUUUUGAUCAUCAGUUAACUUCUAUCUGAGAAAUAAAUAUGGCGGUUUGACAUAUUUUCUAUAUAAAGGCUGUCAAAACGUCAAACAUUUUUUUGAGAUAAAAGUUAUUUGGUGAUUGAAAAAUCUUUCUUAUAUGAAUAAAAAGUUGAAUUGAUAAGUAAUUGAAAAUAAUGUAAUUGAUAUUUUGUCUGUUUCUGUUGAAAAUGUGUUUUAUUUAUAACAGACAUCUUGAAAGUAGAUUUUAAUAAUUUGUAAGUCAAAAAAUUCUACCAUUUUUUUUUAAAUCUAUGCCUUUGAGUUUUUUGUCCAAAAGUUUAAUAAAAUCUUGUUCGUUAUAAAUUAAACAAACAUCCAUUUUCAACAGACAUAGACAAAUGUAAUAAUUGGCGCCAAAAUGUAGUAACCAAAAAGACGGUAUUUUUGUAACUGACUCGCGUAUAUAUAAGUAUUCAUUUGUUUGUUUGUUUAUUAGCAUUUUUUCCGUCCUGUUCUGUUGUACUCGUACUGAAAUAAAGUCAUUAUUGAAAA